AAAAAUAAAAAUAUACAGCUGACUGAACGACGACAAACGAAAGUUUUGUUUCAGUCGUGUCAGUGAGAAAGAAAAUGGUGAUUUUGUUCUAAAUAUGGCGAAUAUCGCUAGCCCUUUACCAUAUCUUAUCAAAAGAGAGUAUGGCUUUUUACCAGACUUUAAGUCGCAUUUAUAUAAAAAGCGUCUCGAUGCUGCUAAAAACCUAUAUCGCCGGGACUUGGUGUGUCAUUUUGGAUGUGUAAAUGCUAUUGAGUUUUCGAGCAAUGGCGAAUUACUCGUAUCAGGUGGAGAUGACCGCAGGGUGAUGCUAUGGAAGUUUGGUCAAGCCCUACUUGACCAUGGCAAGCCUGAGGCAAUGAAAGCUGGCCACCAGUCCAACAUAUUCUGCCUUGACAUCACCAGUGACAACCAGAAGAUUUAUUCAGGGGGCAAUGAUGACGUUGUAAUAGUCCACGAUUUAGAAAGCAAGUGUCCGUUGGAGGUGCUACAGCAUCAACGAGCAGUGUGCAGCCUCAGCAUUUCACCAUCCGAUGACCGCGUUGUUGCCACAGCUGGCAACGAUGGAAGAUUGUUAAUUUUCGACACUCGAAUAUCUUUAUAUCAGUCAUUAGUGCUGUCGCGCAGCAGGAAACCAUUCCACGGCGUGAUGUUCCACCCACAGCAGAUGGGCGUAUUGGUGUCGGCCAACGCUCGCGACGGCGUGGCUCUCUGGGACCUGCGCCGGCCUCAGCACCCCGUCGUCCGAUACGCAGGCCGCCGCGGCACCUGCCAGAACAGUAUGAGCGUGCGUUUCAAUUCUGCCGGCACUCACGUACUAGCGCUCCGAAGGCGCUUACCCCCCGUCCUAUACGCAGUACAUUCCCCGGAGCCUGUAGCAGAGUUCUACCACCAGGACUACUACAAUUCGUGUACUAUGAAGAGCUGCUGCUUCGCGGGGGAAGGAGACCAGUAUGUGAUGUCUGGGUCCGAUGAUUUCAACCUGUAUAUGUGGAAGAUACCAGACGGUGGAGGGGAGGAAAUGACGGUGCAGCAACCGCACGUAGUGCUCUACGGCCACCGGUCCAUAGUCAACCAGGUGCGGUACAACCAGCAGUACUGCCUCAUCGCUUCGUCUGGGGUCGAGAAAAUUAUUAAGGUGUGGUCUGCCCUGGAGUAUCCUAAGAUGCGCGGCUCGCUCUUGGAAGAGGCGCAGGGCUCAGACAACCCACGAGAGAUCUACAGCCACGAGGACUACGUCUCGCUGGUGCACCACAGCGGACAGUACAUAUCGCACAACUACGCGGAGCAGUCCACUAGCGAGGAUCCUCGCAUGAUGGCGUAUUUCGACUCGCUCGUACAACGCGAGCUGGAAUGCCUGGCCGAAGAAACGGAUUCCCUCGACGCUUCCAGCUCGGCCGGCACGCUGCAUGACAACGGCUCCGACUCGUCCGAUAGCGAGCAAAUUGUGGUUGACUUCCUGCCAUUGCCGCCCAAGAGAGUGAAUCCAAAUGGAAACCGCAGUCAAAGAUGUCCGAAUCGUUUGGCGCGGCUGGUUGCGUCCCGGUAUUCCAAAAACUCGCGGAUGCAAAAACGGGGAUCUGCAAGACGAAGCAAACAGUCCCGCUCAUCCCUCGGCAAAGCGGGCAAAGGUGUCGCCAGUGCUAAGGGCAAGCGGCCCGCCGUGCGCCGGCCCCGCGGGCCCCGCCGACCCGCCCCCCGGGCCCCGCUGCCGCGCGUGCGGGCCCACCACUCGUCGCGCCACGCCCGCGUGUCGGCCCCGUCGAGCGAGCGGACCGAUUCCGAUGAGCCGGCGCAUGCUAUGUUCAGGAACACUGGCAGGAUUCUACGACCACUUCGUAGCCGGAUAAACCUCACAAGGACAUCAAAGAGGAAAAGCAAAGUCACUAGUUAUAGGAAAGUUAUGAAUCUGAGAAGUAAUGGAGCACAAGACAGUAGCGAUAACAACAAUUUUUCAAAUUUCGACAACGAAGAUUUACUGUUACCUAGCACGAGCACAGGUUACAGAGGUCAAAGCUCCUCAGCUUUGUUCAGGAUAGCUGAGGUUGAUUCCGACGACGACCAAUCUGUCGGUAGUCGGCCCGUGUCGCCUCCGAGCGCUCCCGAGCUACUGAGCAUUGUGCCGACGCCGGUCAAUGGCUCGCGCGACUCCAUCGCGGAUUCAUUGCGCGCGGAGCCGACUGCCGAGCCAACUGAGCCGCGCCCGCGACCGACGAGACGGCCGUGGAAGCACACGUGGUUUAACAACAGGAGCCCGCUGCACCAGUCGGACUCUAGCGAAUCGCCACCGCCGAAGGAACCCAACGAUCGCGCGUCAACGUCAGUUGCGGAGCGGCUCUCCCCCAAGGGCCACAACCGCACCGUCGCGCGACUUAUGAACGAGACCAACGAAAGCGAGCUAGAAAGCAGCUGCAGCACCGAGAGUGGUCCCAGCGGCCCCGGGAGCCGGGAGCCACCGAGCCACGGUAGCCGGGAGCCACCGAGCCAUUGUAGCCGCGAGCCACCGAACCAUAGCCGCGAGCCACCAAGCCAUUGUAGCCGCGAACCCCCGAGUCACAGUAGCCGCGAGCCUCCUACCAACGCCCGCGCUACUAAUCCUACCGACGACGCCUCAGACGACCCCGACUACCAACUUCUAAAACUCCGACAACGCGUCAAAUGGGCCCGCCGCAACUACAUAAACCCCAUAGACUCCGACUCCAAUUGAACUGACCGUAGAUACUUCUUGUGUUCAUUGUAUGCCGAUGGUCUCGGCGUGGACGAGCUUUCGUCUGUCUACAUUUAUUGACCUCCAAGGCGUCUAGACGACAUGAACGAAGGCCGAAGUCAAAGCUCUGCUUAGUUUGGGGUUAGUUUUGGUGUGACUGUUAAAUGUAACUUUAAUAUUUAUCUCUAGUCGGUUCGUUAUUUACACCGUCGUUAUUAGUGGCGCGGAGAAAAUUUAUGAAAAAAAUACAGUUUUUAUGAAUUAAAUAUUCGGAAAUGUACACGCGUGUACAAAAAUAAGAGUUGUGACAUCACUGGUUUGAAGUCAAAUCAAAUUAUUAAAAAUAUUACUCUUUCAUGUUUAAAUGUUGUACCUAUUCUUUCAAUAGGUAAUUAUUUCACAUUAAUUGAAUGUGGUGAUCUCUAUUGCUGGAUGAGUCUGGAUGGGGGUGUGGUCUGGUGUAACCUAUUAGAAGAAUGCUGUUUUUAAACCACCAUGGUGUUGGGUGGAGCGAUCCUAAACCAGCUGUUGACAGCUGAAUUUUUUCAAUAGCGGGACAAUCGCGUGUCCCGGAGACCAUCGGGACUGUCAUGGCGCUCAAGCUACAGCUUCUGUCAGCUAACAGCGUCUUCUACUAUUGUUAAAUUAACUUUGUAACUACUUGCAGGUGUAAUUUAGAUCUUUAAAUUGAAUUGGGACACUAUGUUUGCCACUCUUUUGUACUAUUUAUGCUAUGUCACUAUACUGGACAAACAGACAAUCCUUUAUGAUAAAGACUCGCUUAAAAAACAAUGAAUUAUUAUUCAGAUUGUUAUGUGUAUUAUGUAGUGGUGACAUCAGAGGCCAUCUUCCUUUUUGUAUAGUUUAUUAUUAAAAAUAAAAAUAUAUGUGAUCUAUUAUUAUAUUAUUAAUUUAAUUAGUUAUAAGGAUCAUCAAUGUUCCCCAG